AUGAACUGUUCGUUCGCUUCACAAGAGUCACCUUGUAGUUCUUACGGAUCUAGUACAAAUGUUCUGCCGCUGGAUGCUUGUAAAGAAGACACAACACCACAGUUACUGGGACUUGGUGUGAGUAGCAAGCGAGGAUGGCGAUCCGAAGGAAUAGAAAUCACUGAGAAGGAGCUCAUCUUGAACAGAGCAGGACACUUCGAUUUAUCUCAAGACAGAGUAGCAGCCAUGACCAUCUGUCCUAAACACAGAAGAGACCUGACAGUCGACUGGAGAGGUCGUAAAAGUUCGACAUGUUGCUAUCCAUCGCACGAAGGUCAACGCAAGCAGGUCAAGGACCCACGCCGUGUCAAUUACGCAACGUCCAAGGAAAUCUUUGCUUUACACAAUGCUGCUGUCCCAGUUGGGUCCGGGAGUGUCUCUUAUUACUUUAAAAUCCUUUUGUUGAUCUUACCUGGUAAAUUACGUUUCCCAUAAAUAUCACGAAAGGCUCUAGGCUCUAGGCGUAUCGAGUAUGACUAUUGUAGUGAAAGCGCUGGCAUCAAGUUGCAAAUUUUAAGGCGCCACUAUGGGCCUCUUCAUAUGAGCCCGGUUGACCGGGCUGACUCGGUUUCCGAGAUCUCGCCUCACCUCUAAAUCCUUUGUAAAAGUUUUCAAUGUGUUCAUAUGAGAGGGCGGGCUGGCUCGGUUCCCGAGAUCUCGGUAAGCGGGCUGGAAAUUUUGUCAUAUGAACACAUCAUCCCGGUUACUGGGAUGAACGGCGGGAUGAAUUCUGGCGGUCCGGAUGGCAUCGUCUUGCAUUGCCUGCUGUAUUUUCCACAUCAUAAGCAUCCCAUUUAACUGCAGUGAUACAGCUUUAAGAGUUACCGAUGCCAAGAUAGGCCCGAAAGUUAAAAUGUUUGUGUUUCGCUAUGUUGCUUUGUUUCCCAUAUUUGGCGCCAGAACUCGUAUCCAGGAUCUUUGACCUUUUCUCAUCUCGGAAACCGGGCUGAAAUUUCUCAUAUGAACCCAAGGCAAAAUUCAUCCCGGCAACCGAGCCAGCCGGUCAACCGGGCUCAUAUGAAGAGGCCCUAUAUCAACAGAAGGGCGGGGGGUGGGGUAAAUUUCCUUGGAUGUGCCAUAAAUCAAACAAGGGUGAGCCAUCCUCGGAGACCCAGGGGCAGUCAGUCGGGUCGGGAGAAAAGGCGCGAAGAAAGUUUUCAAGCACAGACUGACUGCCCCGGGUCUCCGAGGAUGGGGUGAGCAAGCAAGAUACUUUUAUUCAGAACGGAAGCUAGCCUGCGUAGCGCAGACGUAUUUCCGGUCGUCGCUUCUCUCCCUCCGAAAAAUAACGGAGGGAGAGAAGCGACCACCGGAAAUACGUCUGCGCUUCGCAGGCUAAACGGAAGCCUUUUUUGCCACAAAAAGUCUUUUCAAGUGUUGUCGUGACAGAAGCUACAACGUGACACGCCUACUUGAACAGGAACUAUAAACUACAACUGUAAACGUUUUUCAGAUUAUUUUAUAACAGGAAAAUUUUUUCAAAUAAAAAUAAUCAUUCAUCUCGCGCUAUUUUCUUAAAAUGUUUUAAGUGCUCGUACUUUUCCACUUUCACUGAUGACAAGAUUGAAACUCAAUGUCUAAAUUUUAGCUGUCCCACAAACUAUGUAUAAAAUUCGAUUUUUGGGGUUUGAAUUAAGAGUGACAUUUUUAAUCUUUAUCCAUUUCAUUUGUAUUAGCUAUUUGUGUAAAGUGUCGCACAGAGCAUUACAGACUACGCCAUGAAGAAGACUCUGAAAGAGGAAGGGGCGAUCAGCAGGUUGUGUAUUUGCUUUCUUUAGUCACGCAAUUUAAGCUAGGCAUCUGAAACACUUAACAACAGGUUUAAAUAUUUAAAACCCUAUCCAAGACUGUAAAAGAAAACAAAAGAAGAACAACAGAAAAAUCGUGAAAAAAACGUGGAUGGGAAACUCGGGGGAGGGAAGGGAAUUUGGAACAAAAAUAUCAUUUGCUGGGAAGCUAGGAACUGAGAACGAAAAAGCGAUAGAUAGCAUUGCCAAAGUUAAUGUCUCUUUUUUCAGUUUGAAAAUAGAUGGAGUUAGAUGGACUAGCUAUCCCCACCCUAACGUUUUUUAGCGACCUGCAAGCUUGAUGCAGUCCGACCAGUACCACUCUACGACGGCCACUUUUUGAGGGGGCGUUGUAGAGAGUGUCCUUUAUGGGGGAGGGGGAAGGGUGUAAAUGUGACACAAAGAUUUUUAUUUUGGAGAAAGGGAAGAACAUUUUUACUUUCAUAAAUGCUUGCUCUAACAUAUUAUUACGUAACAAAUCUAUCAAUUAAAAAAAAUUAUUAAAACAAAAAUUAUAACAAAAUAAAGCGACUAAGGUAUAGUGAGUACAUCAGUUUUGUAUAGAUCGCUUUCAGUUGAAACUUCUAUUUGUGUAGAUAUCAUGACUAGUAAACUACAAUAAAAGAGACGCGGCAAAUCGACGUUUGCUGUUUGCCGUGAUUCUAAAUCUCUCUAUUGUAAGGACGAGGGGUAAGCUCUAGUACCGGGAAAGGUUUGAAUGCAAUAGAGAGAAGUCGUUACGUCACGUCACGUUGCCAUGGUCGCAAAAUUUUUGGAUGACAACAAGUCGAAAAUUCGGUUUCAGGUUUUAGUCUGUUUGCAACUUUUAGUGGUUUUUACUUGUUAAGGAGUCCUGUAACUCCCUUUUCUGUGGCUCCAUUCUCGGUAACAACGUAACAGAAAAAUUAUGGAAAUGUAAUUAAUAUCCCUUUUAUUGCACUGACAGUCUCAAGUGGCUGGUGAUGAAGAUGUAUUUGAACUGCCGCAGCAGAAUGAAGAUCAGGGGGUUCUGGUAACGUCUAAUGCAGAACAAGAGAUGGUUUCAUCAUCAUCACAAUCAUCCCAACAAAGUAUCCCAGAAGAAGAAAUCAGUAUCUGGUCCGACGAAGUAGAGGAACAGCAACAGAGAAGGCAGCUACUGAACAAUACCAUUAGCACUUUAUCUGGAGGAAGAAUUUCACCUAUUCUGUCAACUUUGAAUACGUCUUGGGAUGAUAUAUCGACAACACAGCAAAAGUACUAUCUGCGAAAGGCCAAAGAAAGCAUCUGCACAGCACUUUCGGUCCUUAGCCCUGGACAGGAAGAGGAAUUAUGGACCACUCUUCGACAGGAAAGAUUAGUAAAUAAGGAUUCUGCUGGUGCCACUAGACGUAGAAGUUUUGAUCCGAAAUCUGGGCUAAUCGACGUUCUGAUCAAGUCAUAUAACCAUGCCGAGUCGUGGCAAACAAAACGACAGAUACUCUCUCUCUUUGCCAAUGAUUUUAGCAGGUCCCAGUUGAUGAGCAUGAUACCAACACUUUCAAAAUGGCGAAUAGAUGAAGCUCGACAGCAUGCUACCAAAGUUGGUGAAGGUCUGCCUGUUCCGCAAGAGCCAAUUUUCCGUUCCCGAAUCUCACCCGUUCAAAUUGAUCAUUUUAUCGAUUACAUCGCAAGACCUGAGAUGCUGCAGGACGUAGCAUUUGGCACAAAAGUGCUUAAGCUCGAUACGGGAGGAAGCAUUAUCAUUCCGGCAGUUAUAAGGACUAUGAUACCGUCAAGAAUAAUUGAGCAAUACUCAGUUUACUGCAAAGAGCAGAAUUUUGAACCAGCAGGACAGCGUUCACUCUACAGAAUAAUAGAGGUGUGUGGUGCCUCAAUGCAAAAAUCUUUGCAGGGACUCGACAACACUACAGCAGAAGGGACGGAGGCCAUAGACAAUGUCACUGACGUGCUUAAGACGCUUGGAGACUAUGGAUCGGAGGCUACCUGGGUAAAGGAUGCAGAACAAAAAAUCAAGGAGGCAAAGAGAUACCUUAAGACUGAGUUUAAGUCCCAUGUUGGCAGAGAGGAAACUUGUGCUGAUCACUGCACUGCACAUGCCCUAGGUGACACAAGUGACUCCAACCUGCAAAGCAUAUGUCAGCACGAACAUGAAACUGACUGCGAGCAAUGCAAAUCAUUAGAGACAGUUUUGAAGGAAAUUGAAUCAGAGAUCAACCGUGUUGAGAUGCCGGAGGAGCACAGAUGGCGGUUAAGCCACGACUACAAACUCUGUUUGGCAUCUAUCCAGGAGUGGAAGGCGCAUUUGCUCCGCACAGUAAAUCAAGAAGAAGGAAAGCAAUUUGCUCUUGUACAUGUUGAUUCAGCUUCAUGUUUAAUCGUUAUGGAUUGGGCCAUGAAAUACCUCCCACAACGUUAUCGGGAACGAAUGAGUGAUUUCUUCGGAAAACGAGGACGAAGCUGGCAUGUGAGUGCAGUGAUCACUAAGCAUACUGAAAAAUUCCAAGUGGAAUGUUUUGUCCAUCUGUUCGAUAACUGCACGCAGAACAGCUUUGCUGUAGCCUCUAUAAUAGAGCAUCUUUUAAAUACCAUCAAGAAAGAAUCACCGGAGAUCGAAAAUGUUUUCCUGAGAUCCGAUAACGCAGGUUGCUACCAUAGUGGACCUCUUUUGCUCAGUCUUCCGUUCAUUGGUCAACGAACCAGCAUGACAAUUCUGCGUUACGACUUUUCAGAGCCACAGUCCGGAAAAGACAUCUGUGACCGAAAGACCGCUCCUAUGAAGGCACACCUACGACGAUGGGUCAAUGAAAAACACAAUGUCAUCACUGCGGAAGACAUGAAGACAGCACUAGAGUCGCAUGGAGGAGUAAAAGGAGUCAGGGCGGCAGUUGUCAAAGUGGACACUAAUAAAGAAAUCACCGCCAACAAGAUACCAGGUAUCAGCCUUCUUAACAACUUUUCGUUUGAGGAAAACGGAAUACGCGCUUGGCGUGCAUUCAACGUUGGACCCGGCAGAUUCUUAUCAUACAGUCAGCUUGAAGUUGUACCACAGGAAGAAACUGGAUUGAAAGUCCUAAAGGAGUGGGGUCCACGUAGCAACAAUCUUGGCUCAGUUAGCCAUGCUUCCAGUCCACGAGGAGAAAUAUUCUCAUGCAGUGAAAGUACAUGCGUGCUAACGUUCAAGACUCGAGAAGAAGCGGAAGCUCACAUGGACGCAGGGAAGCAUGUACGUGCGUCAGAUCUAGAUUGUGAGUCUGUGUACGAUGCGGCACGAAAGAAGUGGGCUGACCGAGUCGGAGAGAUGCAUGUGGCUAGCGGAGAUAGACAGCGAAUUGCAUUUGAAGAAGCCGGGCCUUCCAGUGCUAGAGAACGCCGUAAUAAAGGGUGGGCGCUUAAAUCAACUAAGCGGACCAACAGGAUGGAAGAGAAAGUAAAAGCCUUUCUUGUUCAGAAAUUUAACCAAGGGGUAGCGGGAGGGCAAAAGGCUGAUCCAAUUCACGUGGCUAGAGAGAUGAAGAGUAUCAGAGAUAGCAGUGGAACGUUACAAUUUAAACCAGACGAAUGGAGAACCGCUCAACAAAUUAGUAACUUUUUCGCAAGGAUGUCAGCGUUGCAGCGCCAAAGACAAGCUGAUGAAAUAGAGAGCCAGGAGGAGGAACAAGAAGUAACAGACGAAGACCUCAUAGCCCUUGAAUCAGAAGACUACAUUCAAGCCAUACGCCAGGAGGUUUACAGAGACAUUGAACAAAAUAUCAGUCACCCUAUUAAAGUAGAAGCAGUAAACGUUUGUGAACUUUCGCGUGCUGGAAAGCUCAGUUCGCUGAAGUUAGCACAGUUGAGAGAAGUAUGCAGAGCAUUAAGUCUGCGAACAAAUGGUAGCAACUCAAGAAAACGUACUUUUACUGAACCACUUGAUGCCUACGCUAAGUUGUGCUCAUGUCGGAAAUAA